CCUGAGCCGGCGGGUUGUGGUUCCGGUUCCGUCGCGGAGACACGCGAAGGUCGGCGAGUUGAUGCCGAGUCGGUCUCGGCCCGCGUGGUCGCGCUGGGAUGGAUUCCUCCUCGUCUUCCUCCGCGGCGGGUUUGGGCUCCGUGGAUCCGCAGUUGCAGCAUUUUAUCGAGGUGGAGACACAGAAGCAGCGCUUUCAGCAGCUGGUGCACCAGAUGACUGAACUUUGUUGGGAGAAGUGCAUGGACAAGCCUGGGCCAAAGUUGGACAGUCGGGCUGAGGCCUGUUUUGUGAACUGCGUUGAGCGCUUCAUUGAUACAAGCCAAUUCAUCUUGAAUCGACUGGAACAGACCCAGAAAUCCAAGCCAGUCUUCUCAGAAAGCCUUUCUGAUUGAUUUUGGCAUUACCUCGUUGGAAAAGGAAGGUAGUUAAAGAAAUGAAGAGCUGUUGAUGGGACGGUUGAAGAAAAGGCUACAGGGAGAUUGGUUCCUACCUUUUAUCACUCUUGGGACAUCCUGUCAUCUGAGCAUGAACAGAGACCAAUUAUUUUUGUGUGGGGUUUGAGGGUCAUAUAUGUAUUUGGUUGUGUUUUUUAAUGCUAAUCUUGUGAAAAAUAAUUGACAGAUGAAUGGAAAACUAUUAGAUGCAUAUUACUGUAUGUGGGACUGUGCUUUUCUCUAAGUCCCAUUAGCUGCCUCCUGUAAUUUGACAAUGGGACUACAUAGGUAACAGCUGCCAUUUGUGUGGAUUCAUUUCCGAUUUCAGGGGAGAUCGGUACACAUCUUUGUGUGUGUCACAAAGGGCAGUGGUGGCGGGAGAGUAAUUUGGUACUGUAACUAUAGGCCUCAUUAUCUAGUGUUUGACUAUCAGUGCUGGAAAAAAUCUAUGGAGUGUUCAAACUGUACACCUCAGCUUUCUAGUUUAUCUCCCUCUCCUAUACUAUGAUUUACUUAAAAACCUAUGUAAAGUAUGGUCUCUGGAGGCAGUACAGGCCACCUGUGAGUCUAGAGGCCUUUAGUUAAUAAGGGAUCUAGGCAAUAAACAUAAUUCUCAUUACUAGACUGCCACAAGAAGAAGUUAACUUACCCUGUAUUUCAGGGUACAAAAAAUUCAAAGAUGUUCCUAAAUUAGUUGUGAAGAUUUAGGCCAGUCAAAAACUUAACAGUGGUUUCAGGUAGAGGUGCAUGCCUAAUGUUAAUCAGUAUAGAUUCCAUUUACUGCAUUCUUUCCAUCACCAAAAUAAAAGCUUCUACAAGAUACAACUCUGUGA